GUUGGUUCUAGUCAACUCCACCGUUUGCGCUGCCCAGAUUCCAGCCGACAGGUGAGUCAAGGUCCAGGCAGUACCAGGGCUCCGUGGUUGUGCUCCAAGGACCCGCAGGGAAAGCAGCACCGCGUGGCACCGCCUGCAGCAGCCGAGGGGCCGGGUCCUAAGUUGGGAAUAUGUUAGCCGUGCACUUUGACAAGCCGGGAGGACCAGAAAACCUCUACCUGAAGGAGGUGGCCAAGCCAAGCCCAGGACAGGGGGAAGUCCUCCUGAAGGUGGCAGCCAGCGCCCUGAACCGGGCUGACAUACUCCAGAGACAAGGCCAGUAUGCCCCACCGCCAGGAGCCAGCAGCAUUUUGGGACUCGAGGCGUCUGGACAUGUGGCAGAGCUGGGGCCUGGCUGCCAGGGGCACUGGAAGAUUGGGGACCCAGCCAUGGCUCUGCUGCCCAGUGGGGGUCAGGCUCAGUAUGUCACUGUCCCUGAAGGACUCCUCAUGCCCAUCCCAGCAGGACUGACCCUGACCCAGGCUGCGGCCAUCCCAGAGGUCUGGCUUACAGCCUUCCAGCUGUUACAUCUCAUAGGGAAAGUUCAGGCUGGAGACUUUGUGCUAAUCCAUGCAGGAGCAAGUGGGGUGGGCACAGCUGCCAUCCAACUUGCCCGAUUGGCUGGAGCUAUUCCUCUGGUCACAAUUGGCUCCAAGGACAAGCUUCAAAUGGCAGAAAAGCUCGGAGCAGCUGGUGGAUUCAAUUACAAAGAAGAGGAUUUUUCGGAAGCAACAAUGAAAUUCACCAAAGGCGCUGGAGUCAAUGUUAUCAUAGAUUGCAUAGGAGGAUCCUACUGGGAGAAAAAUGUCAACUGCCUGGCUCAUGAUGGUCGCUGGGUUCUCUACGGUCUGAUGGGAGGAGCUGACGUCAAUGGGCCUCUGUUUUCAAAGCUCCUUUUUAAACGAGGAAGUCUGAUCACCAGUCUACUGAGAUCUAGGGACAAAAAGUACAAGGAAAUGCUGGUGAAGGCUUUCACGGAACAAAUUCUGCCCCACUUCUCCACAGAGGAGCCCCAGCGUCUAUUGCCGGUUCUAGACAGAGUCUACCCCGUGGCGGAAAUCCAAGAGGCCCAUAAGUACAUGGAGAGUAACAAGCACAUGGGAAAAAUCAUCCUGGAGUUGCCCCAAUGAAGGAGGAAGGGGCAGUGAAACCAAGGGUCCUUAUGGCUUUGAUUAAAGUUAGUUUUACAUCCUAGCUCUAGAAAUCAUAUCCCCCUCUCUCUAUAUACUCCUCAGAGACCUAGCCCUCCCCUUUCCGGCCCCCCCAUAAUCAGUAACCCCUGAGGCUGCAGAAGACAGUAGCCUGGACCUGACGAAUGGCCACACCGCCCAGACCUCUAGCAAGCUAAAGAUAACACCUUGGCCUAAGUUAUGUUUCAGUUCCUGAGCCCUAAGGUGGAACAACCCCCUGGCUACUUUCCCAUGAGACUGGACAGAGGGACUCCAGAAAACGAUUCAGAACGGUCCUCAAGAUCUGAAGAAAUCAUUCAUUACCCUUACCUCACCUCCAACCAAUCAGGUCCCCACACAACCCCGAACCCCUAACCCACGGUGCCUGGUGAUUUUGCCCUAUAUAAUCUGUAACCUAUAAGCCACUGGGGAGCCAGGUCUAAGGAGCACUAGCUCACCU